GGGUAUUUUUUGUUGUAAGUAAAUAUUUCAUAUCUGCCUCAGUUGUUCACAUGUCAACGAUGAUUUCGCAGGUGGCUCUGUGGGUUCUUUUUUUCGGCUACGAUUUAAAUUGUCUGUCGAACGGUGAAAGUAACAUAUCAGCAGGCGUAAACAGCGACAAAGAGAUUGUGUCAGGUGAAUUGCACGCAUUAUCAAGACACCAGAGAGAUGCAGAUAUCCCUCUAGAACAUACACGUGCAUGUGGAAUUCCCCCAGUUCAGAUUGAUAAGAGAUUUUACUGGUGUGACAACGGAGUGAUUGUUGCCUUUACAACAACCGGAAGUACAAUGAGUAAAAGCAUGGCCUCAACAACUACUUCGAAACCUCCAGGCAGUUGCAGAGGCCUACUGACUUGCAAUGGAAUACCAUUCUGUGGUGCUGACCAAGGAUACCGCUGUUGCGGGUUCGAGCGAUAUAACCCAGAGUUCCAGACUUGUUGUCAAUACACCAGUGCCAAAUACAAAGUAUAUGAUGAUAUGCAGGAAAAGAGUCACGUAUGCUGUGGCUUGAAAGUAUACAAGCGCAAUUCGCCCUAUACACCAUGUGAACACGCGUCUUCAAACAGCAGAUUUUUCACAAAACCAGCAAAAUUAAAACGGCUUAAAGGUGAUCAAGCACUGUGCACAAUGAACGAAAACAAUACUCUGUAUGUUUACAAGAUUGAUGUUGAAGUCCAAGUUACCAUGGGCAAUCGGCGUUACCUCGAAGCUACAAUUUCAAUGUGGCCGUGGACACCAUCAUCAAGAUCUAAACAUAGAACAGACUUGAGAAGUCCUCCAACAAAGAAAGGCUACAUGGAAAUACCACUUGACAAGUACAGUCCAUGGAAGAAGAAUUUGAUAGGAAGAGGUUUCUUUACAAUAACACAGAAAAACUACUUAGAAAAGGUCAUUUUCUUUCUUAAUCCAAACAACAACAUAUACAAAUGGCCUAAAAGUGUGAAAAGGCAAAGGAAAGUCUCAAAUGUGUUAAAGAAAAUACAGAGACAAUGUAGACGACAAAGAAAACAGGCAGCCAAAUUGUCAGGUGGCAUUUCUUAGAUAAAUAAUUCUAAGAUCUUCAUCCGAUUGAUGUCACUUAAUGAGUGAGUGAAAACUAAUGAAGUUAAAAACACAUUCCAGUAAAAAAACAAAUGAAAAUUACGUUGCAAAUCAAUUAAUGAAUUUAAUCUACAAAUGUAUUAACAAUAUUUUAUUCAGAAGCCAGCAUAUGCAUAAUCCAGCUUAAAAUAAAUUUUCAACGGCUGAAUUUAAAACUCGUUAUUCCGUUAGAAUUAGUCGGACAAGGGAACAUUGCAGCUACAAUGGACACCGGAAGUGCAAAACCAAACCAGUAGUGAUGUACAUCUCUGCAGCAUGCAAAUUUAGAGAACGUGAGCAAGAACUAGAAGGAAAUCUAGGACGGCUACUAGUAAACUGAAAGUAAAUAUAACGGGACCAGAAGGCAUUUUAAUACAUUACGGCGACGGUGGCCAUUCAUGUUUUAAUUUUUCUGUUUCAUUUUGUUAAAUCGCAUGUAUGUUAACGCAAAUAAUAUGCAGAGCUCAUAUUAAUAUAUUCUGUAGGAAUUGACUUCAAUUCAUUUUGUUGUAUUUUUGCUUGAAUUGAAUUUACCUUCUGUUUAAAAGUCCUUGAUCUAAUUUGAUGUGAAUUAAUUUCACACCAGGUGAAUUAAUGGGUAGCGACGACGCGUGGAUAAAUAAGAUACAUGUAAAUUACUUUUCAAGUUAUUGUAUAUUUCUCAGUAUUGGUGUUUGAAUUUCAUAUCGUGUGUGUGACAUCAUUUUAAUGUUCGUCAUUGCUUUAGUUUUCUUUGUAAAUAUCUUUAUCCAU